GUGAGCAUUUGCUUCCUUUUACAAUAGACGAUCUUCGUUUGGAACUGUUGGAGAAAAGCUCCUCUCCCGCUGGCUGCAAUGACCGAGCAACUGGACGACACUUUCUGUUUCCACAUAUGCGCGUGAGGUCGUUUCGUUGCGUUUUUUUCGAGGGGGGCUGUCAGACAUUGAGAAGAGUGUGGUUUAUGAACCCAGAGGUUGUUUAGUGGUCGGUGCUGGCCUCUGAGGCUAGCUGGCUUUCCGUAACAGAGUGAAGCCAGCUGGUCGGACGGGGGAACGGGUGUUAGCAUACGGGCUAAUUAGCCAGAAAGACUGAGCCUGGAUUACUGUGUUUAAUCAAGGAGAGCGCAGCUCUGCGGCUACUGCCACUGCGGCAACCAUGAAGAUAACGGUGGAUUUUGAAGAAUGUCUCAAGGACUCUCCACGGUUCAGAGCCACCAUCGAGGAAGUGGAGGGGGAUGUGUGCGAGUUGGAAACCAAACUGGACAAAUUGGUGAAAUUGUGUAUCGGGAUGAUUGAUGCUGGCAAAGCCUACACCGCUGCCAACAAACAGUUUGUUAAUGGGAUCCGGGAGCUUGCCCACCAGUCAACCAAAGAUGAGGUCAUCGAGUCUAGUCUCACUAAAUUUGCAGAGAGUCUGCAGGAGAUGAUCAAUUAUCACACGAUACUGUUUGAUCAGGCCCAGAGAUCCAUAAAAACCCAGCUGCAAACAUUUGUCAAAGAUGACCUGAGAAAGUUCAAAGAGGCCAAAAAACAGUUUGAUAAAGUGAGUGAGGAAAAGGAGACGGCCCUAAUCAAAAAUGCCCAAGCUCCUCGCAAUAAGCAGCAUGAAGUGGAGGAGGCCACCAACAUCCUCACUGCCACGCGCAAGUGCUUCCGACACAUCGUCCUCGACUAUGUGUUACAGAUUAAUGUUCUGCAGUCCAAGAGAAGAUCAGAAAUCCUGAAAUCAAUGCUGUCCUUCAUGUAUGCCCACCUGACCUUCUUCCAUCAAGGCUACGACCUCUUCAGUGAACUGCAGCCUCUUAUGAAACAGCUGGGAGGACAGUUGGACCAGCUGGUGGUUGAUGCUGCCAAGGAGAAGAGGGAUAUGGAGCAGAAGCACUCCACGAUUCAACAAAAGGCUGCUCUGCAGGAGGUGACAGAGUAUGACUUUUUGCCAGACUACCGCAUCUUUUGUGCCUGGAGGUCGAACUCCGACUUUUCAAACGAUGACACAAAGCUGGAGUACAAUGUGGAUGCAGAGAAUGGCAUCGCCAUGGAGGGUUAUCUCUUUAAGCGGGCCAGUAAUGCAUUCAAGACAUGGAACAGACGUUGGUUCUCCAUCCAAAACAAUCAGCUAGUUUACCAGAAGAAAUUUAAGGACAACCCAACAGUGGUUGUGGAAGACCUGAGGUUAUGUACAGUCAAGCACUGUGAAGACAUCGAGCGGCGUUUCUGUUUUGAAGUAGUUUCCCCCACCAAGAGCUGCAUGAUGCAGGCUGACUCAGAAAAGCUGCGACAGGCUUGGAUCAAAGCCGUCCAGAACAGCAUCGCCACAGCGUUCCGCGACAAGGGAGAUGACGGCGAGAAGCUCGACAGGAAGUCAUCCACAUCGACAGGAAGCUUGGACUCUGGAGGUGAGCCAAAGGAGAGGUCACUGAAGGGUGAGAGCGCCCUGCAGAAAGUUCUAGCCAUCCCUGGAAACUCCUGCUGCUGCGACUGCGGCCAACCCGACCCCCGUUGGGCCAGUAUCAACCUGGGCAUCACUCUGUGUAUACAGUGCUCUGGUAUUCACAGGAGUCUGGGAGUUCAUUUCUCAAAAGUUCGAUCCUUGACUUUGGACUCAUGGGAACCAGAACUGCUCAAGUUGAUGUGUGAAUUGGGAAACAAAGCAAUCAACCAGAUUUAUGAAGCUCGUCGUGAAGAGCUGGGAGCCCGAAAACCACAGCCAGGUGACCCCAGGCAUGAGGUGGAGGCUUAUAUCAAAGCCAAAUAUGUGGAUCGGCGGUAUGUGCGCCGGCCGUCAGACGAGGAGCUUCGAAGCAAAGUGGUUUCUCUCAGUAAACAGGAGAAGAGGCUGAGCAGCAGCUCCGAGCAUCUGCCACCCAAAGCGCCCCCACCCACGCCAAAACUCGGCCCUGCUCUCACUGUCUCUGGACAGACCGCUGCUGCCAGCGGCGUGGAGGCCCGCCGCGACUCUCUCUUCUGUCCCGACGAGCUUGACUCGCUCUUCUCCUACUUUGACACCUCCUCCAAACUCAGAAGCAUGAGGAGUGCAGACAGUGGCAUUCAGAACAGUGCUGAUGGGAGCAAGGAGAUGCUGGCCAACACGCCCUCCAACAACAGCCUGGCAGAUGCAGAAGCAGCCGAGUCUCCUCCCGUACCUUCUGCGGUUCCUCCUCAAAAGCCCUGUAAGGACAUGGUUUUCUAUGAACCCAAAGAGUACAGCCCGGGUCUGCAGCUCUACUGGGCUGCUUGCGCCCGCAACCUCAGAGACAUGGCGGAAGCUCUGGCACAUGGAGCUGAGGUGAACUGGGUCAACACAGAGGAGGAAAAGAGGACGCCGCUCAUCAUGGCGGUGCAAGGGGGUUCGCUAGUCACAUGUGAGUUUCUGCUUCAAAACGGAGCGAAUGUGAACCAGCAGGACGCUCAGGGCCGAGGGCCUCUGCACCACGCCACCAUUCUGGGUCACACAGGGCAAGUUUGUUUGUUUUUGAAAAGAGGAGCAAAUCAAAAUGCAGCAGACAUCGAUGAGAAAACCCCCCUGACUGUAGCAGUGGAGGCAGCGAAUGCAGACAUCGUCACAUUGUUGCGAUUGGCGAAGAUGAACGAGGAGAUGCGAGAGUCGGAGGGGCCCUACAGCCAGUCAGGAGAUGAAACCUACCAGGACAUCUUCCAGGAUUUCACUCAGAUGGCGUCCAACGACCCGGACAAGCUGAACCGCUACCAGUACGACACGCAGAGACCCUGACAGGCAGAAACACCGUCCACCAGCAGCUCCCCAAAAACCUCACAGACAGACACGAGCAGAGACGUUCUCUGAACCUCCUGCUUCAUUCACUAAAGACUGAUUCAAGGCUCUGCAGCAAAUAUCCCAGAAACCAACUCAGUCGUGGCUUUUGUUGAAAUUAUAAGCACUUAAGUCAAACUUAUGUGAAUGAAAAAAAACAAUCUUUGUGUCUUUAAGUUAAAGGUACAGUAUUUGUAGUCUUUAAGAGCCAAAAAAAUCCAAAACUGAUCUUUCAAUUUGGCAGUUUCAAUAUUACAUCAUUUUCCUGAUAAUUUCAUGAAAUCAAAGCUGUAAAGGCGUGAUAGACUUUCUGCUUUUUUACAGUUUUAUUCUUAGUUUGUUUUAAAGUUUUGCUUGUGAUUCUCCUGCACUUCUUUUUAUGUGUACAGUAGUUACGGAAGCAAACAGUUGACCUGUGCCGUGGCUUUAAAAUACUGAUUUAAAUGUCUUUUUAUUUUUUAGAAAUGUCUAAAUCACUUGAGUUUUACAUGUUUAAGUUUGUGUUGUUUAAGGGAAAAAUGAUUCUUUGCUUUAAAAUUUUAAGAAUCUAAAGGAACACAAAAUAAGUGGUUCUGUUUUAGAAAAAAAUUUACUUUUUUAAUCAUUUCUGGGAUAAAACUGUAAUUUAAACCAAAUCUGGCCUUACUGAGUGCUUGCAAUAUGCUUCAAAAGAUGGAAAAAAUAUCCAUUCAGGUUUAAAGAUUCAGUAUUGUGAAGUACUGCAGCAUCACGACGAGACUCAUGUCGUGUCUUUUUGUUUACGAGCUCAGUAUUUACAUCUAGUGAACUGAAAUAAACCUUUAAAGUAAGUUUAGGUUUGGCCUUCAAAACGUCCUAUUGUUACCAAAAAAUUGACUUUACCAUCUCCUCUUGUUAAACUUCUGCUCAUAAGAUAGCUUAGAGGUUUGUUAGCAUUUGUAUCGCCCUGAAGCAGCUAUCAGUCAGUUGAUGACUUCUGUGUAAAAAUACACAACCAGUUGGUGCUACAGUAAAGCCGCUUACUACUUUUGUCGUCAGAGCUCGGCUUGUUGUAAAAUCCUAAAAGUGUUGGAAGUGAUGAGACUGAAGAAAACUGAUCUGCUGCUUCAGGAAAAGACUUUAGUAUAACAGCUCCUGUGAGCUCUGUGGCAGCUCAGUUCUGUUCAUAAGAAGAAAGAAAAGAAAAUUCUGAAUGUCAAAGCUCCUCACAAACAUUCUUACUAAAAGCCUGAAAAAUUUGAUGUCAAUUGUUGAUCAGAAAUUGAAUCCAAAACAAUCUUAAAGGUGAGAACGUCCUCAGCCAUGUCAGGACAACAGAAAACUCAUCAAACAGCUAUUUACCCAUAGUGCUUUGUUUCUGCCUUACACCUUUUUACCUAAAUUAACCUUAAGAUCGAAAAAAAGUAAUAAUCAAAUUGAUUUGCGAUUGAUUUCAGUUGCGAGUUCUGUAAAACAUUUCCAUCAGUUAAAGCAAAUUCACUGACAGGAAGUUUUUGUGAUUACAACCUUCACAUCUAUGUUUGGAGGAAACCUUCAGCCAAUGGGAUCCAGUUCUUGUACAUUUUGUAGAAAACUCUUAAAGAACUGAAGUUAGUGGUACUUGAAUCAUUAAAUAAGCUUGUGUAUAUGCUGUUCUUUGUAUCCUUCCACUGCGACGACCCAUUUUCUAUUGCUUGCUUUAAUGCCAAUACACUUGUACUGUAUAAUACACCUGUAUUCUGUAAAAGAUUUCAAUACAAGCAUUUUGCCUCUUA